CUCCCUCUCAGUCAGUCCCAAACCGCCGCGGGCGUACGCUGUGUCGUCAUGCGGCGCUCGUCAACUUUCUCGAGUAGUGAUGUGAUACGGUUUUAUACGAUAUUUGUUAGUAUCGAAUAGAUACACACGGACAUUACGAAUGGUGUGGAUGUGAUUUGUGAAUUUUAUAGUAGAUAAUGGUUUAAAGUGGAUACUCAAAAUGAAGUGGCUAAUAGUGCUGGUGACUGUGAUGGUAUCGAGGGCAAUUGAUGGUGGUUUCGCACCCCCAGGAUCGUGCCCUGCCGUGUGUGUAUGUAAAUGGAAGGGUGGCAAACAAACAGUUGAGUGCGUUGAUCGAGCACUUAUUACGGUGCCCGAACCCGUGGACCCCGCCACUCAAGUACUCGAUCUCUCCGGGAACAAUUUACAAAUACUCCCCCAGGAGGCAUUUGCGAAAACGGGGCUUGUUAAUUUACAAAGAGUUUAUUUACGUAGUUGUAAUAUAGGCCAAAUAAAUGACCGUGCUUUUAAGGGUCUUACAAAUUUAGUCGAGUUAGAUCUCUCCAACAAUUUGCUCACGCAAAUACCGUCGAAUAGUUUCAAGGACUCUCCAUUCCUUAGAGAUUUAACAUUGUCGAGUAAUCCAAUUUUGAAAAUACAUUCCGACGCUCUCGCAAACCUCGGCAGCGUAGUCAAGCUUGAUCUAUCGCGAUGUGAAAUCAGAGAUAUAGCCGCGGACGUGUUCAGAAAUUUGCACUCGCUGGAAUCCCUAAAGCUUAAUGGAAACAAUCUCCGUGAAUUACCGUUAAGCUCAUUAGAAAAGUUGGAAAAGUUGCGGGUUAUUGAUUUAUCGGAAAACCCAUGGAUAUGUGACUGUCGCUUGCGUGAUCUUAAAAUGUGGCUAUCAAGUCAUAAGCUCUUUUCGAGUCCUAGUUGUUCCUCACCACCAAGAUUAGCUGAUAAAGCUUUUUCAGAGUUAACGCUUGAGGAGUUUGCGUGUAAACCAGAAAUAUUACCCGUGAGCAGACACGUAGAGGCUACAGUUGGGGAAAAUACUACAAUAAUAUGCCUGACAGAGGCCGUUCCCAGCGCAAAUGUACAUUGGUAUUGGAAUGGAAGGCUUUUACAAAAUGGAAGCAAUUUAAAUUCACAUCAAAAAAUAUUUCUUUAUGAUGUUGGGGAAAUGAGAAAGAAGUCUUAUUUGGUUUUAACGAACACACAAGAAUCGGAUUCUACAGAGUUUUAUUGUGUAGCGGACAAUAAAGCUGGCAAUGCGGAGGCGAAUUUCACAGUACAUGUCACUCAGAUGGCGGCUGGAAUGGCAUCAUUAGGGAGCGCACAGAUUGCUAGUCUGGGGGCGGCGUUAUUCUUAGUCGUAAUUGUCAUAUCGUUGGGGUUGCUUAUAACAUUCGUUCGAUUUCGGCCUGCACCAAUUUCUGAAAGUAAAACCCCAAAUACACUGGACCGUGUUGUGUCUGGGAAUGAAGUUCAUCCCACUGUGACUGAUAGACCACAUGUGGCAGUUUUAGCCAAUAGACAAGAUGCGCAUAACUAUGGUGACGGAAAAUGCAAUUCGAUCGUUAAACCUCCUCGAUUGAACGAUAUUGCUUACACUACAAACAAUUACGAUGGACGAGGAAGUGUGGUAUCAGCAGGAGGUACAGUCGCAGUAUCUCCAACUAUCUCAGGAGGCAUUGAUCCAGAUCUAAUUAACGACACGAGGCCAGAGAGUGCUGCGCGACCUGGAAGUGGUGAAUACGCAAGAGAAGCAUCAGAUUCAUUAUACCCAUCAGGUCUGUGGGAUCAAAUUAAAAUGAACCAGGCUAAUAAUCUAGCGCGUGCUGUUAGCUCAGCGAUCCCUUCAUUUUACAAUGACCGGACGCCUAUUAUAGAAAAUAGUAGUGUAAAUGGUUCUCAGGAAGAAUUGGGGUAUACGAGUAGAACGUUUCCGAGGUCUCAUGCACUGAGUACGGUGCCUAUUGCAACUGGAGAUGCACCUUAUCCUCCCGAUUAUGGUUUGCCCGUGGGAUCGGCGCGCACCUUGCGCGUGUGGCAGCGCGCCCCUCCUGUGCUUCCACCUGUGUCAGCUCUGAAGAGGGCUCUCACUAUAACAAGACCUUGUGAAGACAACUUUCAUGAUGGCUGUGCGACUGACGUAUAAAAGUAAAAGUGAACUAUAUAAUAUAUUUUGUAAGAAGUGUAAAUAUGUACGUAAUUGUUCUUGGUUACAUAGAUUUUGUAUUAUAUUAUUUAUUUAGUUAAUUAGACGAAUGCUAAAUUGGAUCCGGUGGGCCGGGUCCACGACUGACUAGUUGAGAAACGUAAGUGUAAAUUAUUUCGUGAUACGCGAUACGAACGAUAUGUUAAUAUAAUAAUCGCCAAAUUAUUACUGUAACUAUAUACUUAUUGAGUAUUAUUAUGAUAAACUGAAUGUUGAACUAGAUGUUAUAUUAAAAGCAUAAUUAAUGUUGUGGUAAGAACUUCACAAUAAUGAAGUAUCCAAAGAUGUUUCCCUAAAUGUUACAAAAAUAUUAACUAAAGAUAAUAGAUAUAAUGUAAGUCACGAUGAAUGUUAAUUGGUGUAAGUUAAUGUAUAACAAUAUUUUGUGUUGAGAAAAAUAAACAUUUUAGAUAUAAAAUUUGGAAAAGAAUAAACAGGCGAUUUGAAAACAUAA